AUGUCAAGAAACUCGAUAUCGUCUCCUGAUGGCGUCGGAGAUAAGUCAGCAGAUGUAGAACUACGCCGGCACCGAACCGUCCAGGAAUUGGCCGAGGAAGGUGGAGGAGAAGUGCCGGAGGGAUAUAUAUGCAGAAAAGGAGACAGAGCCGCCUCUGCUGUCCCGUUGGUGGACGUUCCAGUUAUCGAUUUGAAGUUGUCAGCUUCACCGGAUUCUGUAUCUGAUGGUGAACUACAGAAGCUUCAGUCAGCUCUCAGCUCAUGGGGUUUCUUUCAGGUCAUAAACCAUGGGAUAGAUUGUAAUUUGCUGGAUAAGCUGAGAGAGAAUACCCGGCAAUUUUUCAGGCUUCCAGCGGAAGAGAAGCACAUAUACGCCAGAGGACCGAAUGAAAUCGAAGGAUACGGGAAUGAUAUGGUUCUUUACGAGAACCAGACUCUGGAUUGGACUGACCGGCUUUACCUUUUAGUCCAUCCUGAAGAUAGCAGAAAGCUCCAUUACUGGCCUCAAAAUCCCAAAUCGUUUAGGAUAGUCUUGGAAGAGUAUACAACAAGGCUGAGAGUGAUAGUUGAAAUCCUAUUCAAAUCCAUGGCAAAGUCACUGGGUUUAGCGGAGGACUGUUUUCUUAACAAAUAUGGAGAUACACCAAUGAUGCAUACUAGAUUCAACUUCUAUCCUCUAUGCCCAAAACCUGAUGUCGUUCAGGGUGUGAAGCCGCAUGCGGAUGGAACAGCAAUCACAAUUCUUCUGCCAGAUGAAAAAGUUGAAGGGCUUCAAUUCCUGAAAGAUGAUCAGUGGAUUCGUACUCAGAUCAACCCUCAUGCUCUUUUAGUUAACGUUGGUGAUCAGAUGGAGAUGAUGAGCAAUGGGAUUUUCAAGAGCCCGGUUCACAGGGUCAUUACCAACUCUUAUAAAGAAAGGAUUUCUGUCGCAACGUUCUGCUCCCCAGGAAGCGGGGAAGAGGUUGGACCUGUAGAGGAGCUGAUAAAUGACACAAGGCCUAGGUUGUACAAGACAGUUAAAGACUACUAUUCAAUUUACUUCAAGUACUACCAGCUGGGAAAGAGACCAAUUGAAGCUGUUAGACUCUAA